AUGUCCAGCCGGACAGAAAUGGAGGACAUUCAGGCCAAACACCGCAAGGAGCAGCGUGACCUCCAGUCCCGUAUCACCCAGAAGAAGAAAUCUGCGACAAAAAAGACGCGUAAGGGUGUUAAUGACGAAUGUGAAAGAUGGCAGCGAGAGCUCCUCGAGCGCCAGCAGGCCGAAAUUGCACAAUUGAAUGGCGAAGCUAACCCUCCGACUAACGAGCUUGAUGCGCUCCAUAUCAUAGAAAAUGGCGAUGCCCCCGAAAUGACCAACGAGCCUGCAGACGCGGAGCCAAAAGCUACCCCACCUACACAUUCGAUAGGAACGAGCCCCCUCCCUGCCACCACCGCUACCGCCACCAGCGCCCCAUCCUUUUCUGAAUCUCAGCCCAAAAAGGCCAACCGGCAAAAAGCGCGUCUUGCGCGCCGCGCCGCGGAACGCGAGGCAGAAGUUGCCGCAGCCGAGGCGGAAGCGGCAAACCAAACGGACCACCGGGGCAACGAGAAGCAGACUAUGCUAGCUGCCUUCAAACGCCUUGGCCUUGCGGAGCGGGAAAUAGCGCCAGAUGGCCACUGCUUAUACUCUGCUGUUGCGACACAAUUGCCAGAAGUAGGACUAGGAUUACGGCUGGGGGAGACUGCGCCUGAGCUAAGCGCGGAAAAGGCGACCAAGGGUGGUGGAUAUAAAGAAGUAAGGGCUGUGACAGGGAGGUAUGUGCUGGGAAAUGCGAACGAUUUCGCGCCGUUUAUCGAGGAGCCGGUGGAGGAGUAUGCUAGGAAGAUCAUGUUUACAGCCGAGUGGGGCGGGCAGUUGGAGCUGCAGGCUAUGGCGAGAGCGUAUGGAGUGGAAAUCAACGUGAUACAAGGAGAUGGACGCAUUGAGAAGUUUGAAGGGGGAGAGAUAGCAGAUGGAGAGGAGAGAAAGAAAAUUUGGCUGGCGUACUAUCGCCAUUCCUACGGACUGGGAGAACAUUACAAUGCAUUGACCGAGGCCGCCCGUUAG